GCCAACCUGGACACAAGUAUUAUCUGUAUCAAUCUUUCACAAUUCGAUGGAUUACAGUUUCAGUCAUCAAAAUAGAGCACACAUCUUUGGCGUAGACCCAAUAUGGCUGCCAGCGAAGAAUUGGAUGUUGUGGAUAGCUGGGAAGAAAUUGAAGACUCUGGAGUCUUGGAUAGAAAAUUCUUACCAUCAACCACAGCACCAGAAGAGACUGAGAAUGUUAACCCUGUUAUGUCGAAUGGGCCAAUAAUUUUGCAAAGCAACCCAUUUCCAAUGCCGGAACCUGCAGUGAAAAUACUUAAAAGGCCUCAGAGGACUGCUCAGGGUAAUGGAAAUGGACACCUGCUUAAUGGUGAUACCAAACCCCGUCAGCCUGUAAGAACCCUUCAGCAGCGUGAACAAGCUUAUGCUGAAGCUAGAUUACGAAUCCUUGGUGAAGCUCGAAGUCCUGAGGAACAACACCUGCCCUCAACUGAUGAUAGGAUAAGCAAAAUACAGACAAAAAUGGAGGUGUUGCGAACGUCAGAAACUGGCAACAUUUUGCGUCAUCCGAAGGGACCCGACGGAACAAGAGGAUUCAAUUUGCGUAGAUAGUGCCCUUAGGAGCACUACGUUAUUGAUGUCUCCUGCCUUGCCUCUCCCCGUGACAAUACAGACUAAUUAAUUGACAUUGCCUACAUUUGAGGCACAUGGGAGAAGGGAGAAUUCACAACCAAUAUUUGUGAUGUGAUUGUACAUAAUUGCGUGAUUUAUAUAGUGAAAACAAGACAAUGCCUAGUUGUAUCAGCUUGUUGUGGCAUAACUUAAGAGACAAUUGUGUUGAUAUUUUGAUACAUUUAAUGGACUCGCAGUUCUGUGUGUGUGGACCCUAUGGAAAUGAAAACCAGUGAUGAAACAACCUCUCAUAUACAUAAUCAUAUACAUAUUAUAUAUCAUACACUCAUUUCAUUGCCAUGGAUGUUGUGUUGUUAAAAUUUUAUAUAUGUUUUAGGUUUUAUGGUUUUUUUUUUAUAGACUGUUUUCAGUUGCAAAUAAUUUCACACGUUUCUGUGGCAUUUUGAUUUCUGCUGAUGAUUUCAACUUUCUUGUUAUGAUAGAAUAAGUGAAGGAAACAGGACAAUACCUAACCAGAUAUUUCUUCUUCAUCAUCACCGUCGUCGUCAUAUCUCUCCCUCCCUCCCUCUCCCCCCUCUCCUCCCCCCUCCCUCUAUCUCUCAAUUUUUUAUUGUUACUGUGUCAUGGUUGGUGUUUCUAUCCAGGCAUUUUUGACUUAUGUGACAGUAUGAAAUAAGGAAAAGUGAACAGAAUUUAGGUGCAGUGAACAGAAUUAAACUCAAAUAACAUGAUUGCAUAUUUUUAAAACAAUUCAUUCAAAAAGUAGAUAAUUAUAUCUAUGUGCUGGAUAUACAUGUAAAGAUUGUGCAUUAAGAAAUUGUUAUGCCACUUGGAACUUGGUGGAACAGCGCUGCCACUUAAGCUUACAGGAAUUAAGUGAAUUUAUACUUUUCCACGUUUCAUAUAAAUUUGAGAAUAAAUAAUGGGACAUGGAGUGAUAAUGAAUGUGCAUAUUUCCAAUUUUGUAAAAAGAAAAAAAAAAUGACAGUUUCAUAAAUGUAAGUGUGCAUAGUGA